UUCAAAUAUUACUACAGUGCAAAAUGAGUUGCAGCUCGGAAGAAAGUGGCGCAAGCACGUCGUCGCAGAAGAAAUACAGGGGAGUGCGGCAGCGGAAAUGGGGCAAGUGGGUGUCGGAAAUCCGGGUCCCCGGAACGCAGGAGCGGCUCUGGCUCGGCUCCUACUCUACGCAGGAGGCUGCGGCGGUGGCGCGCGACGUUGCGUUUUAUUGUCUGCACAGACCGUCGGCGUUGGACAAGCUUAACUUCCCGCUAAUGUUGCCUUCGAUUGUCCGGACAGACAUGUCUCCGAGGUCGGUGCAGAAGGCCGCCUCCGACGCCGGUAUGGGUAUUGAUGCCCAGUUGAUCGGAAACAAGUUGCCGGAGAGUGAAGUGAAGCAGGAUCAAGGUGGCGGUGCGGGUCAUGGGUUGUGGGAGGAUGUCGGAGACAAUUGUACUGGGAUGUCGGGAUUUGGAAAUGAGGUGAAAGAAGGAGAAGCUUUCAGCAUUUCCAUUGACGAUUAUCUUUGAUCAGCAUGCGCGCAGUAGUUUUUCCCAUGUGUAUAUAAGUAUAUGUGGCUUCCAUUCAAAACCAACGGCUCAUUUUAGAGGUUUUUUUUAUGGAUAGCCUUUUAAUUUCGAGUUCCACUAAUAUGUAGAAGUCUUGUUGACCUUUUUGUCGUCUCAAAAAGAUAUUGUAAUGCAGUUUUCAUUAAUUAGAACAGAGCCUCUGCUCGG